UCAUUUCAUCCAGUGGCAGUGACGCCCUGUAGAUGGUAGUUGUAUACCACCAUACGGGCAGGCCCAGGAACAUAAUAAUCGCCCACCAUGACGAAAUGACCAAAAUCCUCAAUCGAAUAUGCUCUGGCUUCUCAGGUGGUGGUUCCUUCUUCUUGGGCGUAGCAUUCACGGCAUUGACUGGCGCAUCGUCGGUGGUUGAUUGUACCUCGUUGGGGACACUUGCACUUUCGACACGAGGUCGGACCAUUGGAGUAGCAUGCGCUGAUGCUGACAUGCUGUUAUUGUCGAAGGUGGCAUUUGUGGGCGUGGAUGUUGGUUUAGCUCAUGACGGGAUCUUCUGACAAACUAUCACGACGUUGUCAUUGUGGCCAUUGCGAGUGGAGGAUGAGGAUUUGGCGGAGGUUUGUUUUUGUGGAUUCUUGGUACUGUACCUCCGUACCAAGAGUAGGUGCUGAUCGACGGGUGUUAGUAUGCGGCUCAGCAAGGUUGUGAUACAACACCUAAUGUUAGUACUUGAUAACUGAACAGACGAUAAUUGGGGCUAGCCCUAAUUCAUCAUUUCGCAUUUAUACCCCAAUCUGAAUCAGUUUAUACUGUAUCAAUUCGAGAAUUAUCAACGCCCAAGUUGCGCUGUGAAGUGUCAGUGCCACUUUUGUUGCGGAAGGUGAAAAGCUUCUCUUCAACUGCCGUCGGACUAACUUUCUUCCUUACAAGAAUUACCCGAUGUUAUAUGACUGUGGAUUACACCAACUUUCUCCGCAAAGAGGCAUUCAAGCAUCAUCGUUCCAAGUUCCAUUCUCACAUCUCAUCCUCCCUCUGUAUCUCGUGGUUUCUCCGAAAAGUCCGCACCGAUGUUUUCAUCAACUUUAGGUUCAAGCUGGGGUAGGGAGCUCCUGGGCCCAACUAGGCCAGACGCCCAAAGACCGGUGGAUUCAUGCCUCGGCACGUUGCGAAAUCCACAUCCGACCAACUCAACCACUUCACCCCUCCCGAAGGUUCAAGGUUCGGAAGGGCGGAGUCCAACAACUGUCAGUAUGCUUGAGACGUGUCCUUCAACGGGACCGGUGAAUGCAGCAAAGUAUCCAAUACGAGUAUCCAGAUUUCAAGGGGGAGAACUCACCCAAUUGACUAUCCCAAUUCCAAUCUCAGUACGAGUACUGUCAAACUGGAGGCACAUGCAACUUUGUCACUCACCUCCCCCAGAUUCCAAAAUCCAGUUCUCUGAUUCCCCGCUCUCUUCCCUGUCGAGCAUCUUUUGCUUUUUUGCCUCUGCUCUGCAAAACAUACGUACGACUACCGGAACGGCUCCGCUCUAGCUACCGGUCCUUGACUUGAGUAACCUCCUUUUUCACUUUCACCUUCCACAGCAGCCGCUUCAGCUUUCACCAAAUUAGUCCCCCGUUUCUGUCAAAACCAUGCCAGGUUAGUAUUGCAACUAGACCGACGCAUUGCCGUUAAACUAAGACACCCCUAGUUCCACUCCCACUCGCCGUACCCGCUGCCAUUGCUACUUUAGCCUAUCUGAACGCCAGAACCGGAUUUUCUUAUGAUCUUCGAUUACUCGGUCCAGCUGCGAGAGCUGCAAGUGGUCUGAAAACACGAUUGAGCAACGACAAAUUAAAUCCCUUUUACGAUCUCGAAGCAUAUGCCAAAGGAAGUUUGGCCGAUAAGGUAUAUUUGAUAUUUGGAGGACGAAAAUGGACGUACAACGAUGUAUACCAAAAUGCCUUGAGAUAUGGAACCUGGAUAAAGGCAAAAUAUCAUGUGCAAGCUAAAGAGAUUGUGGCUAUGGAUUUCAUGAAUUCGGAAAAUUACAUCUUCAUCUGGUUGGGGUUAUGGUCGAUUGGAGCGAAGCCAGCUUUUAUCAACUACAAUCUUACCGACAAAGCGUUGGUGCAUUGUAUUAAUGUAUCAACAGCCCGAGUAUUGUUAGUGGAUCCCCAAGUAGGAGAUAACAUUACCCAGGAGGUUCGAGAUGCAUUGCCUGAAGUCACGAUUUCUAUCUUUACACCGGAAUUGGAGAAUGAAGCUAUCCUCACCCAACCAAUACGAGUACCAAACUCGGAUCGUUCGGAGAAUAAUAUGUCGAGUUUGUCUAUGAUUAUCUUUACCAGUGGAACCACAGGUCUACCCAAGGGAGCAAUUGUCAGUUGGAAUAAAGUUGUAAAGGCUUCCCUCAUUAUUCCCGGAUGGAACGGAUUCAAGGAAACAGAUAUAUUCUACACCGUAAGUUUACUGUCACCGCCCUCCAACCCCUACUAACUGAUCCCAGAGCAUGCCUCUCUAUCACGCCUCAGCUUCCAUCCUCGGAGCAAUGAUGGUCAUGAUAAAUGGCGGCACAAUCUGCAUCGGGCGUAAAUUCUCCACCAAACUCUUCUGGGAAGAUUGUCGCUCCUCAAAAGCAACGGUCAUUCAAUAUGUUGGGGAAACCUGUCGAUACCUCCUGGCCGCACCACCACUCCUCGAUCCGGUUACAGGUGAAACCCUGGACCGGAAGAAUAGCGUUCGAAUGGCAUUUGGCAAUGGUUUACGUCCGGAUAUCUGGAAUCGCUUCAAAGAACGAUUUGGGAUUUCAGAAAUUGCCGAAUUCUAUACUGCUACCGAAGGAACAGCCGGUUCUUGGAACUUCUCUCGUAACGAUUUUGGAAAGGGAGCUGUGGGGCGUGUAGGUACAUUGGGUAGGUUACUUACCGGUUCCGGAGCCGUGCUUUUAGAAUUGGAUUGGGAAACUGAAAAACCAUAUCGCGACCCGAAAACUGGUCUUUGCAAAUCAGUCAAAGCAGGCGAACCAGGAGAACUGGUCUUCAAACUGGAUCCUAAAGAUAUCUCAACUUCUUUCCAGGGGUAUUUCAAUAAUAAAAGGGCAAACGAGAGCAAGAUUGCGAGGGAUGUACUGACCAAGGGAGAUGCAUGGUUCAGAACGGGUGAUAUGAUAAUCUGGGAUGAUGAGGGACGGAGUUUCUUCAGUGAUAGAAUUGGUGACACCUUCCGCUGGAAAGCAGAAAACGUAUCAACCAACGAAGUCUCCGAAGCUCUCGGUCUUCAUCCCGCGGUGCAAGAAGCCAACGUCUACGGCGUCGAACUCCCACAUCAUGAUGGGAGAGCGGGGUGUGUGGCACUCGUCCUCAACACGCCCGUCACUGACAGUCUGAUGCAUGAACUUGCACAUCAUUGCCAACAGCGUCUUCCCAAAUUCGCCGUCCCCGUCUUCUUGAGAUUGAUGAGUGAUAUGGGUGUCACGGGCACGAAUAAACAGCAGAAACAUCAUUUGAGGAUGCAAGGUGUGGAUCCCGACAAGGUGGGUGGUGAUGAGGUUUGGUGGUUGCAGGGCGGGACGUAUGUCCGGUUCAAGCGAGGGGAUUGGGAGGCUUUGAGGGGAGAGAAGGUUAAAUUGUAG